AUGUUGUCGGAUAACAACGAGAGACGUCCUUCAGUCGAUAGCAAUGUGACUCCUAAUAUGGGCGUUAGCAUACCUUCGGACGGAAACGUUCAAUCUAUAGUUAAUAUUAACGAUACCCUGUCUGACAAUGGUCAAACAAAUUCUUCAACAACAACAAUAACUGGAAAUUCGUCUUCAAAGGACCAUUUCCCUGUUAUUGACUCACGCUCACGUUCAUCUUCAGCGUCUAGCAUGCAAUCUUCGGGUAGUUACUUAACACAAACAGAAUUACCUGGAGUAUAUAAAGAACAAAAUGCUUUUGGUUCAAGUACCUCCUUACAACAAAACGCAAUUCCAACCGAAAUUGAUAUUCCCUCGGCAACAAAUGAAACUACAUCUAAACGACGUCAGACACCACCUUCUCCUAUAAGUACAAAUAUUGACGGGUCUAAUGUUAGUAGUCCAACUAAUUCAACUGCGGCUUCUUUAACUCGUAGAGACCAUAUAACUAGUCACACUCACGAUCGAAGUAGAUCCGCUUCCUUUGAUGGAGAAAUUGAACCUUCUUCAUGGACGCUGGAUAGAGUAUUAGAAUGGCUUGAGAAUAAUGGUUUUAGUGAAUAUAAAACGAUGUUUAUUGAUAAAAAUUUAUUUGGGGAACAAUUUUUUGCUCUUGGAGAUGUUAGAAAAAUUAAAAGUAUAUUGAAAAGCAAUGAAACUGGCGAUUCUACUCGUUAUAAAUUAAUAACAGCAAUUAGAAAGAUUCCCAAACGAGAAUCACUAUCUAAUAAGGGUAAUCAACCGGAUAUGCAAAAUCCAUCAGGAAGCCAAUUAUUAUCAUCUAAUUCUAUAAAUGAACAAAACUAUCCAACAACUCCGAUUAUACAAUCAGUACCUUCGCCAAAAGAGCAAAAUUCGAAGCAAAAAUCUUUAAAAUUAUCGACAAGUUUUCCUGAAUUACGUAGCUUUAAUCCAAAAAGUCAUAUAACAAGUCCAAUGAUAGGUCCAAGAACAUCUUCGAUUGGUUGGGAAAAUAAGAGUAAUAAUUCAUCAAAUUCGUCCACAACAAUAAAAGAAGUAGAAUUAUCUAAUGAAAAUAGUGUUACUCCUAUAAAUAAUGAUGAUAAAUGUUCAACAUCAUUACUUGGGAUGAUAUCAGAAUCUCAUACACCUGAGCAACAUAAUUUUAAUAAUAAUCCUUCCGUUAUACAACAACAACAAUUUAAUGUAUCAUCAGAAGAUACUAAUAUUAGUCCUCUUUCUCCUAAUUAUAAUAUAAGAAGUAAUAAAAGAAGCCCUCAUAAUAGAACAAAUGUAUUAAACGUUGAAACUGAUGAUUCUAUUGUUGCCAAACCAAAAAAUAUUCAAGUAACAUUUGAUAAUAAAAAUUUUCGCGUGGUUGAUUUGAGAGAUUGGGUGGAUCCUUCCAUGAUUAAACGUGCAAUCUUGUCUGAAUUGAAUAUUGAAGAAUGGGAGCAUGUUACAUUUCAUUUGACUGAAAUUGGACAAAGCGAAAUUGGUCCCAUGAUAGAUGAUGAAAUAUUGAUUCAAAAAUGUAUGAAUGCUGAUAAUAUAGGAACAUUAAAAUUAUUUGUUAAAUUUUCAGAUUCAUUUUAUGCGCAAAGUCAUAAUCAAGGUAAAAUGGUUAUGCAAGGAGGACAAAAUCCAGAAUUUAAUAGAGUUUACGUUGAUUCGGGGAAAAGUACUUCUCCUUCAAAUUUAAUUCCUGGUGGGGGCGAUCAAUCAAAUAAAACAAGAUUUUUAAGACGUAAAACUCCUCCAGAAAUAGAAAGAAGAUUUAAUAGUUUUGCUGGUGGAUUUGAUCCAAAAAUUUCAGAACGUUGGAAAGCAUCACAACCCGAAGGGUUAAGUCCUUUAUCAGAAGAGUCACCAGACAUAAAUAAAUUUGGAGAUUUAAAAUUUCCGGUUCCACAUUAUGAUUCUUCACAAAAACAAGGAAGUAAUCAUAUGUACUCCCUGGAUCAUAAUCUACUAUCUUUUGGAGCACCUUCCAAUCAUCCUUAUAACAGAAAGCGGGCGGUAUCUAGCGAUAGGGAGAAUCUUGAUUUUCCAAUUUCGUCAUUAUCGCAGCAUCGUGUAGGUGUUGAUUAUUCUCGUAGUAACAUUUCUUUAAUACCUAGGUCACAACCAUCAAAACAACAUCCAUCUGCUUUACAACCUGCGAAUGGAAUGAAUAUGAUGAGACGUCCUCCAAGUCGAGAAAGUAUUAUAGAAAGUGUUAGAAAUUCAGAUAGCAUUAGAGAUGGUGUACGAAAUCAUCCACCACCGCCAGUUCCACCAAAGCCUAAUAACGUAGCACAGAAUUCUCAACAUUCUUUAAUGUCAGCAGUUUCUGGAGGAGUAUACAUGCAAAAUAAAUUUAGUAGUAGAUCGCAACCUCAUUUACCUCUCUCUAAACCAUCAACAUCUUUAAAUAAUAUUAGUUCACGAGAUCCACCAGAACCAGAACGUUAUAAACAUACCAUGCAUGUGGUAACAUCUGAGCCUGAUCUUACUCUCAAUAGAUUUGAUAUGCGGCAAUCAGAAGGAAAGGAAUACAAUCGCCAUUCUAUAAUUCGAACCCAAUCCAUUAAAGCUCUAUUUCCAGAAGAAGGUGAUGAGCCACAAUUAUGGCCAAAAAUCACGUCGCCAAUGAAAGAAGAAUCAUUUUGGGCAAAACCUCCAACUAAACUUUUGCAAAACGAUAGUAAUUCACCACAUAUCAAUGAUGAUGAACUUUCUACACGAAUUUCUAGUUUAACAAGUUCUUUGGAUAAUAUUAGUAUUGAAGAUGAUGAUAGUGGAUUUUGGGCGCAAAAGCCUAGAACAUCGUCUAAACCCAAAUCUUUAAAUUAUACAUCAAAUGAUAGUGGAGGUGAUGAGAGUUUUUGGGCUCAAAAACCAGUUUCAAGUAAAUCGAUUGAAGAUAAGAAUAAAGCUGUUACAGCUACUACCAUCUCCGAGGACAUUUGUGCUCAAAUUCCAAAAUCAUCUUCAAAUAAUGGACAAUCAAUAAAUCCUCUUGUUAUGCAUAGUGAUGAAACAAUAGAUUCAGCUAUAAGCUUAACUUCGGUUCAUAAAACUUAUGAUGAUAAUAAUGGUGAACAAGAACAAAGUACAGGAAGUGUAAAAUCUAAUAAUGAUACAAUUGAAUUAAGAAAUAAUAAUUAUGAACGUUCAAAUGAACCUAAGGAAGGUCCCAAACCUAAACCUCCGAAACAGAAGCGUUCAAGUAAACCUUCAGGUCUAGCACGUACGGUGUCAAUGCGCAGAGGCGUAGAUGAAUCUUGGGUAGUUCGUCCUACAGCUGAAGAUCUGUUUGAGCAUUUAGAACAAUACUUUCCAGAUCACGAUCUUGACAAACCUAUUAUAGACGCAAAUGGUUCUUCUGUUCAACAACAAAGUAAUAAUGAAGAAUCAAAAAGUGUACCUCUAGUACAAGGAAAAACUGGAGGAAUACAAAGAGGAAAAUCUAUUCGCGCUGCAGCUCGUGAAGCACAUGAACGUGAACAACGUGAAAAGAAAGAAAGGAAUAAUAAUAGAAAGUUAAUUGGUGUGGUCAAUACUAUUAAAGCAAGUCAAAGAUUAAGUAGAAAGCCAACUACUAAAUUAUGGGAUAAGAAAGUUGUUGAAGAAGUUCCUUCACAUAAAAAACCUUGUCCCCCAGAUCUCCCUCCGGGAGAAAGUGUUCCGGCUGAAAGAAAACCUGUAAAGUGGGUGAAAGGUGAACUUAUUGGUAAAGGAACCUUUGGAAAGGUAUUUCUUGCUAUGAAUAUGAACUCAUCUGAAAUAAUGGCAGUCAAACAAAUUGAGUUGCCAACAACGAAGUCGGAUAAAUUGAAUGAGAGGCAACAAAACUUGGUCAAAUCGUUCACAGACGAAAUGGAAAUUUUGAAAGAUUUAGAUCAUGACCAUAUUGUCCAAUAUAUAGGGUUUGAAAGAAAUAAUGAAACUAUUAAUAUUUUUCUUGAAUAUGUUAAUGGCGGAUCCAUUGGUACCUGUUUAAGAAUUUAUGGAGCGUUCAAAGAACCUGUCGACAUUAAAGCAGAUAAUAUUCUUGUUGACGAAGAAGGGUGUUGCAAGAUUUCUGAUUUUGGAAUCUCAAAAAAAAGUGAUCAUGCUCUAGCAGCCUAUGAUUAUAAUUCAAAUAUGUCAUUGCAAGGCACUAUCUUCUGGAUGGCACCAGAGGUGUUUACUAGAGGUUAUAGUGCUAAGGUUGACAUAUGGAGUCUUGGUUGUGUAGUACUUGAGAUGUUUGCUGGGGAAAGACCUUGGUCGGAAUUAUCGGACCUUGCUGCAAUGUUUAAGCUUGGAAGCGAGAAAAAAGCACCUCCGAUAAGAGAAGACAUCGUAAUGUCAAAUGAUGCAAGAAAGUUUAUAGAUCGAUGCUUUAUAAUAGAGCCAGAGGAUCGACCAACCGCCAAAAUACUUUUACGUGAUGCCUUUGUACAAGAAAAUCCCAACUUCCAUUUUAAGGAGUUUAUAUCAAUACCUGGACGUGCUUAA